AUGUCUAGCUUUUCUUUAAACAAAAACAUUUUUGAAGAAACUUAUACAGAAAAUACUCAAUUGCAAACAGAUCUUUCAUGUUUGCAAUUUCAAUUUUUAGUUUUAGAAAAUAAUAGUUUAUCUUUAUCUGAAAAUUUAAAAAUUUUAGAAUCUACAGAAGAUAAUCUUUUAGAUAAUGAGAUUUGGACUGAGCUAAAGCUUUCUAAGUUUAAUCAAAUAUAUUAUAAAACAAUAGAUUCUUUUGAAAAACAAGAUAAUGAUAAUCAAAAAUUAGAAGAUGAAAUAAAUUUAUUACAAAAUAAUGAAUUUAAAGAAUCUUUUAAUAAAAAUUGUUGUGAUAAAAAUUGUUUACAAUCUCAAUAUGAAUAUUCUGUAGCACUAUCUCGACAUUUAAAUUUUAAAAACCUUUCUAAAUCUUAUCAAGAUAU